GGGGGCGCCCCGGCGGCGGGGGCGGCCCGCGUAGCGCCGGGCCAUGAGGAUGGGCAGCGCGGGGUCGUCGGGCAGGGAGGAGCGGCUGCCCUCCGCGGCCGAGGAGCAGCUGAAAGGCGGGGACCAGAUGCUGGAGCUGAGCGGGCGGCACCUGAAGCAGCUGCCAGGCCCCGUGUGCUCCCUGGUCAGCCUGCAGAAGCUGUACAUCAGCGGCACGGGGCUGCGGGAGCUGCCCGAGGAGAUCGAGGAGCUGCGGGAGCUGCGCAUCCUGGCCCUGGACUUCAACAAGCUGGAGGAGGUGCCCGAGGGGCUAUGCCGCCUGCCCCGGCUCACCCGCCUCUACUUGGGCAGCAACCGCCUCUUCGGGCUGCCGGCAGAGUUCGCCCAGCUGCAGACUCUGCGCUGCCUGUGGAUCGAGAGCAACUAUCUGUACCAUUUCCCCCGGGCCCUGCUCCAGAUGCCAGCACUGCAGUCCCUGCAGAUGGGCGACAACAGGCUCAAAACCCUGCCCAGUGGCCUGCCGCGGAUGUCUGGCCUCCGGGGCCUGUGGCUCUAUGGGAAUCGCUUUGAGGAGUUCCCACCACCUUUGCUCCGCAUGUCCCAGCUCCACAUCCUUGACCUUGACCGCAACAAAAUCGUCGAGUUCCCAGAGCUGGCCCACCUGCAACAGCUGCGGCUCUUUUCCUAUGACCACAAUCCGGUGAAAGUGCCGCCCAGCGUAGCUGACUCUGUCACCCUGGUGGGCGAUGGGGCCCAAGAGCUGAUGGAGGCCAGGGAGGAGCGUCUCCAGAGCCUCCGGGAGCAGGAGGAGCAGGAGGAGGAUGGCUCGGAAGCUGUGCGGGGGACCCUGAAGAACGACUCCUCUCUGCUGGAGGAUGCUGAGGGCAGUUUCUCUGCCUUGGAGUGUUCUCCAGAGGAGACCUGAGCUGAGUACCCCUGAAAACAGGGUUCUGGCUCAGAAUAUCUGGUGGGAUCCACUCGUGCAGCUGCAAGGGGCUGGGACCUUCUCUGGGUCCACCAUGGGCACCACCAAUUUCCACCUAGGACCACCAGUCCAGGGAGUCUCUCUCUCUCCUUUCAAGUGACAUACCACUGAUCAAAGGGGUCGCCGUCUCUUUGCUGGGACCGGGGCAGCAGAGAGGGCCACUGUCUGUGUACCAGAGUCCAAGGAAAUCACUGUACCCUUUUAGACAUCCUGCCUACCCACAGGGCUUGGGGAUUGGGAGGGGAACACACAAUGCUGCAGUGAUGGAUAAUCCCAGUAGUGCAGUUCUUUGGAAGGAUGUUCCCCAUUUGAGAUGGGAUAUCGAGCCAAGUUGGCUUCCUCCAAGUAGCCAGCCUGUGGUGGAAGCAUGAUUCUGAAUCGACGUUGAUAUGACAAGUGGCAGCUGCCUGCUACGUACCUAGACGUGAAUCCUGCUCUGAAGCAUCUGGCCCAUCACAAUGGGCCUUGGAUGCAUUAUAGGAAAAAGCCAUGCUUUUUAAGAUUAUUUCCCUUGGACUCUCUGCCCUGGAGGUCUGCAGGGGUUGAAUAUAAAUGUAAAACCUUUUCUCAUCCCAGAGGUUCCUACCCUGCUACUGGAAUUAGACUUGGAGAGAAAACUCCCCCGAGCUGCUCCUUCCAGCUGUCAGGUUUGAAAAGAAGCUGAUGUAAAAGCCUUGUUUGUGCGCAGAGCUCACUGUCUGUCCUGGAAAGGGUUUUGCCUCUGCUCUUUGUAUGGUGGGAAAAGGAGCCCCGUGUGCUGCUUCACAGGCUGCCUGGACUUUCCAUUCCCUUAAAUGGGCACAGAAGGAAAAGCUGAGGAAGAAACGGCAUCGUAUCUGAGUGCAGUGACUUGCUCAGUGUCAUCCAGUGAAUCCACGGUGGAAGUGGAAAUAGAAUUCAGGAGUCUCGGUUCCUCAUCCCGACUGCACGGGCUGGGUUGGCUGGCGUGCUGGUAAGAGCUGAAUCAGUUUGACUGAGACUCUUGGGAGCUGCAGAGUCAUAGUUCAGACCAGAGUUGAGCAGUGACUCUCAGAAGACACACAGCCCACAGCAUUGAUCUCACUUUCAUUCCUCCACAGAUGAUGACUUUAACUCCCAAAGUCACCUGGUUGGGCUUAGGCUGACUGUGAUGUGACUGUGGCUCUGGGCAAAACUGGCCUUUGCUAUCACAUCCCAAACAAGUUCCUUGCACGAAAAUGGGGACAAUAAAGGUUAUUUUGGACCCAGAA